AUUUUGACAAACAGUAAUAAAAAGACAGACAACGUUGAAUGUUUUUAAAUUUUAUUAAAUUUUAGCAAACAGUAUUAAAAAAACAGACGACGGAGACUGUUUGUUUUACUUCGUCCCUUUCGCCAUCACACAGACAGUUUUUUCUACAACGUUGACGUAUCCUACUAGUGCAUUAUAAUGUUACCAAAAUCGAAGCCGUCGCUGGUGGCGCUGCUUAGCAAUAGUCCGCAAACAAACCUAUCAUUCAAAAUUCAGUUGCUGUCAGGAAAGACUAUGGUGCUGGUGGAGUCCCCGGGGUAUGAGAGUGAGCUGUUCAUUCCACAGAUUGUCAAUGACCGAAUCACCCUCCAAAACAUUAUGCCGAAUCGUCGGUGCUGCAGUGAGUCCAGCCUGACCACACACCCGAUGGUAAUAAAAGGCGGUGCGGGCUUUGUGGUUGAACCUGUAAGCAGAACUCCGCUGCGAGCAUUGCAGAGGGGGAACUCGUCCACACCUCUGGCGAAAAGCACUCCGGAAGUUUCCAUUCGUCGAAUCAGCGGUGGCAAAAAAGCGCUGGAGCUGACACCCGAGCCGGCUCGCUUUCUUCCGGUGCCAUUUGAAUCCGAGAUACAGGACACAUCUCUUCACCUGAACCUUUCCUGUUCAGGCUCCACCAUUGAGUCGCCUACUGCGCUUCUGCCGCCAGAACUUUUGAGCAACACAGACUCGAGAAUGAGUGGCUCAUCCAACUCUUAUGUGAGCCCAAUCCCACCUCUGGGUAGCUCUGUUCGGAAAACGCCGCCGGAGCGCACUUAUGCCCGCCGUAAGCCCAACAAAAUCAUAAAAUCCACGCCGACGCCAGCCUGGUCGCCGCUACAGAAGAAGAAACGCCAGACGGCAGCAUCUGCGACAAAGGUACCAAAUCCGGUCAUGAAGCUAGAAGUGCGCAAUAGAAAACUGAUUGUGGACGCAAACAAGAGCAUUGCGGCGUACAAACUGAAGACCGUGAUCAGCACGCCCGUUGUCAAGAAGAGAAUCAUCCAAAAGCAGGUUACGGCCAAGACAAGAAGACAGUUUGAGGCGCUCAAGGGCACAGCCUUUGACCUGCUGACAACAUCGGCCCAAGGGAACAUGGCCAUGGAAUUGGUCAAACAGUUUCAGGAUGCCUGCAUGGACAAGCGUGCCACUACAGUGCCCAACUAUGCAGAGCUGGGCGCCAGUUCUCGGCUGGAAAUUGACCACGAGGUGAAGGGUUUGCUGGCAAAACAAAAGCGAUUGGAACAGAAUGCAACUGGAAAGCCAAAGCCAUGGAUGAAGCUAACGUGAUUUAUUGCAGGUCACCUCGCCUCUGGUUUUUUAUGCGUUUUCAAAAUUUACUGUUCGCCCUUGUAGGCAAUUGAAUAAUGUCUUAGGGUGCAGCAGCGCAUUAAAUGUUCCUCUCAUAAUGAAACCUAUUAUUUAUGCUGUAUUCUUUGUCCUACUAUAGUAUGUACAGUACUACUACCUAACGAUAAUAAAUUA